CGUUCGCUCGUUCGUUCGUUAGACGCAGUGGAAUCCCAAAUACGUACACAAAUUGGGCUUUUGUGAGCCGCAUUAUCAGUGAGAGAUUUGACAGAGCAACAACAAUCUCUGACAUUAUCGUAUCUAAUACAUUGUGAGAUCAGCUGCAUUUAGAAAAUAAAAAUUCUUAUUGUCGCACUGAGUGAAAUGAAAACGAAUAAUCGAAAGAAGCGCGUAUACUGGCACCGUGUAUUAAUUACAAAACUGAUCGAGCUAUACGAGCAACAUGAAUGCCUUUACAAUGAAAAUCACAAAAACUAUAACAAUCGAAUAGAGCGAUUAAAAGCCCAUCGGAAUAUGCUGAGGGAAUUGCAAGUGAUCGAGCCGCAUUUGAGACUUCCAAAUGUUCGUUCAAGAAUAUCAGCCAUACGCUCCCAGUAUGCCAAUCAACUGGCCUUGAUGGAGUCCAUGGAGAGUGCUGGUAAGACGUUCGAGUCAAAAUUGUGGUACUUUCCUAAAUUGUCGUAUCUCAGGGACUACAUAAAGGCAGCUCCCUUAGAUGAGAAAAAUUCACCACAAUACGAUGACGACCAUGACAGCAACGAUGGGGGUGAAUCAUUUUAUCGAGAACUGAAACGACGAAGGUUUAGAUCAAAGAAUCGUAAUUGGGAUCUUUUCGUGACAGAACAGUUUAUACAGCUGUUGAAAGAACACCCCUGUCUGUAUGACGAACAACAUCCGGAUUAUGGUGAUUAUGAAAAGAGAACUGUAGCACGGAAAAUAAUUCUGGAAGAAAUUAAAAAUGUACUACCUGAUGCCACAAUUACGGACGUAAUUGCCAAAAUCAAAACCUUAAGAGAUCAAUAUAUCCGUGAAAAGAAUUGCAAGGCUUUGGCCGAAAAGAAUAAUGAGAAGUAUGUUCCACGGCUUGGUUGGUUCGAUCAAUUAUCGUUUAUGAAUGUCUCUAAACAGCGGAGGAUCACAUCUAAAACAAAAGUUGAAGUCCCACCUGAGGAUAUGGAGGAUGAGUACAAUAACAAUAAUGUUGAUGAACCUUCGGAUGCGACUACACUCGAACUGGAAGACAUUGUUGAUAACAAUUCAUUCGAUGCUAAUGUUGCCGAUAUGACCACAGAAGACGUAGAUGAUGCGCAUGAUAUUGAAUCAUCGUUAUUCAGAUCCGAAACUAAUACACUUUUUAAUGAACCCGUGUCAAACGGCUGUAGUGAGGCAAAUGUUAGGCUUGAGGUUGUGGAAAACUAUGACUGGCUGGGUCGAUUGCUUACUUCACAAGUUCAUGAAAUAUCUCCCACGCUUCGAAGUGAUUUUGCCUGGGAUGUACAAUGCUUAAUCAGAAAAUACAUCUUAAAAAGCAAAAAUCCAGGCGCAGAAUUGGAAAAAGAAGAAGCAGGAAAGACUGAAAUGCCAUUUGAAUCUAGGAAUAUAGUAUUGCCUCGCUCAUCAAAUAUGUCAUUGAAUAUCAGCUUUAUAUGAGUAUGUUGAUGGUGUUUUUUGAAUUGUAAGCAAUAUAUUUCGUUAUUAGUUUUUGAAA